CAAAUGAAGUUGAUAUCGGCAUUCUGCGGUUAAAAUGCAUCGAUCCAUGCAAUUUCGAAAGAGUGACACAUUGAUAUUCCAAACGUGUUCAACUUCUUUAUUGUUCGACAUUAAUGAAUAUGCAAAAAUGUUUAAUUUCGCAGAAUGUAUUUAAAGUUUAAUUGAGAUGUUGAUGUAAGCACAAGCAGAGUACAUACGUACAUAUGUGGACAUACUUAGUGUAAGCACAAGCAGUAUAUGCAAAGACGUGGACCAUGGACAGCAGUGACCUCAACAUCACCACCCAAUCACUCGACUAUCAUACACUCGGCGAUCAACAUCACUGAACGUCGCACUCACGCACACGUCACGUCGUCACUGUAUGAGUUACAACAGCGGGCACAUGUGCUGUGACCUAUGGCCGCUAAAAUAUCCAUUCACGGAGAAAUCGGUUUGUGAACAAAUGAAAUUGGUAUCGGCAUUCUGUUGUUAAAAUGCAUCGACACGUAGAAUCUGUGGAUUUGUUGCUCGCAAGGCGAAAGGAUUGUGAUAUUUUAUGGGCUUCUCGACCUAUGGAUCCCUUAUUACCACAUAAAAUUUCUUCCGAAUCCAAGUAUUCCAGAGAUCAAAUGAUUGAAGCUGUCUUGAACGAUGAAAAAGUUAAAUUAGCAAUUACAUCUGUAGCUACGGCACAGCAACUAGACGUAAACAAAGUUGUAAAAGAAGCUCGUGUGAUGAUAAAUGAAAUGGCUAGUAAAGCACAUUUAGCUACUGUGCGUUGGCUAGGUAUUGUUAUUACUAAAGUACUUAAAAGAAUUUUUUUAAGCAUUCACAUAAAUGAAAAUGUACUCUUGAGAAUGAAAAAAGAAAUGCAAAUUUCUCAAGUUCAAUACGUGUAUGCCCCUUCGCAUAGAAGUUAUCUAGAUUUCAUAUUGCUAUCGUAUAUUUUGUUUUCAUACAACAUGGCGCUUCCUAACAUUGCAAGUGGCAUGGACUUUUAUCAGAUGUACGCGAUAGGAGAAUUGCUAAGGAAAACAGGAGCUUUUUAUAUGCGACGUAGCUUCUGCAAUGAUUUAGUAUACAAAAAAGUAUUUCAAUCGUAUGUAUCGUCGCUAGUAAAGCACAGCGACAGAGCAAUAGAAUUUUUCAUCGAAGGCACUCGCAGUAGAAGCUUGAAGAGUAUAAUACCAAAAUUUGGUCUUUUAUCAACUAUUUUGGAAAGUUUAUUGGAAGGUGGGGUACCCGAUAUUCAUUUUAUACCUAUAAGUAUUAGCUACGAACGACCACCGGAAGAAUUACUAUUCGCGUAUGAACUCUUAGGUGUUCCGAAACCGAAAGAAUCUACAGUUGGUCUCCUUCAAUCGUUGUCUAUUUUACGGAAACCUUAUGCAUACGGUUAUGUGUUUUGUAAUAUCGGCGAGCCCAUUUCUGCUUGUAACUUUCUAAGUAUGAAAGUCCGUAAGGCAAAAGUAUUAUCACCCUAUACAAAACUACCAUCGACGGUCUGUGAAAGUUUGGCUUUCCAUAUAAUUGAUUCGCAUAAAAAAAAUACGGUUCUUAUGCCUAUCAAUGUAAUCGCAUUGUUGUUCAAUGAAAGGAGUCAAAUGUAUCCUGAUAAUCCGUACACGUUAGAUAGUUUAGUUAAUGAUUAUUUGUGGUGUAAAAACAUUUUACAAACAUUUCAUGCGACUGUAUACUCAAAAAAGUCAGGGGAUGCAAAUGAUGCAGGACAAGAAAUAUUAAAUACCCUAAAGACUCAUGAAGAAUUACUUGUGUUUGAUUCGUUGGAAGUUCUAAGACUGAAACAAAGACACAAAUCGACAAAAUUGAAAAUCCUCACACAAGUUAAAGGACAUACUCUCUCGGAGAAAACGAUGCAAAUAGCAGUAUCAGUUAUUAACGUAUCAAUUUAUCUGAAUCCCACACUUUCUUUUCUAAUGAAACCAGCUAUUGCGACGUUAGCAAUUGGAAUGGAAAGAGCCGAACUCGAUUCCGCUUUUAAACGAUAUGCAUUACUCAGGUUAAUAUUGAGCACAGAAUUCGCAAUGCCACUGUUGGAAGAUGAGUCGGCGGUAAUGUUCGAAUGGAAAGAAACUCUAGAUAUUUUACUGAGACUGAAUUAUAUAAAUAUUCACAAUAACAAAUAUAUUCAAGCACAUAAUUUGAAAAUAUUCUCUCUCUUGUACAAUGUAUUACUGCCGUUUGUAGAUGCAAUGUACAUCACGAGUCUUGUUUUGUUUGAGUGGGAUGAGUCGGUCGACGUAACUGUAAAAGUAGUUUCCACCGAAGCUCAGAAACGGGCUGAAGAAGCAUUUCUCGAAGGAGAUGGAUGGGGGAUGCAUCCAUAUUCAUUAUCUCUUGAUUUAUUUUCCACAUCGAUAAGCAAUCUCAUAUUGCAAAGUAUUCUGGUACCAUCAGAAAAACCAAACACCUACCAUGUCGACAAAAUUCGAUUAGGGUUAGUUCUUGGAGAAUUGCAUAAUCUUUCGUUGAAACGACCACCGGGUUCAUAUCGUGAUACAGUAUUAUUGUCCGCAACGCCGCUAACUGUGCAAGCCAAAUUGUAAACUUGGAUGAAUUUAUCCAUGCUGCUGAGUAUCUUAACCGUCUCUUCGUCAAGUAUGUUUAUAGAUCUUCUCCUUUUUCUUCUGCCGAGGAGUAACGUGGCACCGGUUGGGGUGGGUGCAGGGUUAUUCAUAUUUCUGAAUAAAAGCUAAAAGAAUAAGAAACAAUUACGUAUAAUAGCAAAUACAAAUCAAAUUACUGGUGAUAAUGGAAUUUAACAGAUACUUAUAAUCAAGUCAUUAAUACCAUUACUAGUCGAACAAGAUAUACAGCAAACGUGAGGAAUGAAAUAGCCAUCAAUGCACCUUCUAUGGACGGAAAUCCUGUGGCGUUGUCGUGAGAGUCGUAACCGAGAUCAUAAUGUUCGGUUCCUCUUUUGUGUCGGCUACCUGUUACAGUCUGAGCGAGACGUGAUUCUUUAAAAGAAAAAAAUAAAUCAUGGUUAUUAUUUGUUUGCUAGAGAUUUCUACGUCGCUUAUAGAAAUCAUUCGAUUACCUAUUUCAGUUAUCAACGUUUGUUCAAAUAUUUUCAAGAACAAGAGUUUUCCCUCGCUAGACGUGGACUGCGAUUUUAAAAUCUGAUGAACAGUUUUCAAUACGUUUACCGGUAAAUAUUUUAGUAUGUCUACGUUGUUCGAGAUCAAGGAUCCAUUGUAAUAUUCUGUGUUCGAAUUGUUUUUCUGGAAAAAAGAAAGAAUUCGAAGUAAGCAAAAUCGAUGGAACAUAAAAUAUUAGCAUACAUCCGCUAUCGAGGAAUCGGUUGUCUUUUCUUGUUUUUCGGAACUAGUUGAAAACGAAUUUUCUUCAUUGGUAUACUCGUGAAUCGUCGUGGUUUCACUAUCAGAAUCUUCGAAUCGAUGCGAUAGUAGAGAUCCUUCGUUUCCGUUAACUGCUGCUACUUCUUCGUACAGAUCUUUCCGCGAUGAUUGACCUUCUGUGAUUGUUGGGGAAAAUUGAUAAUAAUGAUCCUGUUUCGAGGAUGGUAUUCUACAAGUAAAAAAUGGAAAACUUCAAAUUAAGCGAUGUUUAAUAUACAUACUGUUUUUGUUACAUACCUGUAUAUUCUAUUUUCAUCGGAGAACUGUGGCAUGUCUAUCCAUUCUGCCAAACUGUUGUUCCACAACAACAAUAUACUUAUUAUACUUAGUAUUAACAUUUCAAUGAACCUGAUGAUAACGUCUACUAUUACUGUGGUAUCGAUUGCUUAGUAAAGUUCCGCAAAAAGAUAAAAAAUUGUAACACAAUAAAUGACAUCAGCGAAAUAUCAGUUUGUUCCUUGCGCGAGUUUCGCAUUCAAAGAACUGCUCGCACAUUCCGUAUUCGAAUUUAAGUAAUACAAUAACCGACUGAAGUCCUUCCUUGGAUACACGGUGUGUCACAGUGUUACUAAACAGGAUGUUAUUAUUUCAAGCAGAAGUGCUGUUAGAAUUAACGAGAACGAGACGAACAAUUAAAUUUCCACCGUGACAACAUCGAUUCGUAGACUUUUCAAAAUGUUAGAAGAGAGAGAAUGUUACAAGAUCCAAAUACGGAAAGAUUUUAAAUAAAUUUUCUAAAAUAUCA